AUGGAUGAUAACAUAGUCAUGGAUGAUAAGAAGAUGUCAUGUGGGCAAGAAGUCGGCAUGUCAAGUGGGGGAGCACCGAUGCCAUCUCUGCAUGAGAAUGAAUGCACGAUGCUUGGGGAAGCAAGCGGUAAUUCCUUGAUAGAACCGCUCCUAUCUCCAGAUGGGCCUGUGCUCCCCAUGUCAAGUGCGGAAGCGCACGUCCAUCCCCGGCGCAAAGCCAUGGUCGGAUGCGCAGCCGGCUAUUUCACGACGAAAUCGGUCACCCCAUCCGUUUCCUUGCCAACCAUCUACAAGGUUCCAGAAAGAAUCCGGCAAGCAAACAAGGAUGCGUUCGAGCCGUACGAGCCCCAGAUCGUGUCGAUCGGCCCAUACCAUCACCUUAAGAAGGAAGAAUUUGAAAAGCACAAAAAGCUGUACCAAAAGUCAAUCCUCUCCCGCAAUCCCAACCAUCUGUUGGAGGACUACAACACGGCGAUCGAGAAAUUGGAGAACGAAGCGCGAAGUUGCUACUCCGAGGAUGUCCGCCUUAACGGCAGCGAGUUUGUCAAAAUGAUGGUGCUUGAUGGUUGCUUCAUUGUUGAGCUCUUUCUCAGGGCAAAAGAAGAGAAAUUCGAGGGGGAUGACCCUGUAUUUAGUACGAUUAGUACGCUACCCCUAAUCAGGUAUGAUAUGCUCCUCCUCGAAAAUCAAAUUCCCUUCUCUGUUCUGCAGGUUAUUUACGAAAAGGCUAGUCCGGGGAACGGUUCACUUGUGGAAAUUGCCCUUGAUUUCUUCGAACCCAUCAUACCUAAGAGUAAGGAAAACAAGAUCGAGGUUUCCAACGAUCAGAUCAAUGGUCGCUACUUUCAUCUGCUCCAUUUGUUCUACUCGUAUUUGAUGCCGACCCCUAGAGAGAAGUCCAAAAAAUGUAAGAUUCUAAUGUUCUUAUGCUCGAAAGGUUCAAAUGAGGCCGAGUUGCCUAUUAGUAACAAUCGAUCUCCACCAAUCAAGAAUGAGGCCGAGUUGUCUAUGAUCCCUUGCGCGGCUGAACUCCAACUUGCGGGAGUCAAGUUCAAGAAGAAAAAGGACUUCAGUAGCAUCUUGGAUGUGGAAUUUAGUGGCGGGGUGUUCAAAAUCCCGCAGCUGUGUAUAGAUGACAACACCAAUACUCUCCUUCGGAACCUUGUAGCGUUGGAACAAUUAUGCUACCCAAGAGUUACAUUCCAUUUCACGAAUUACGUUGGGUUCAUGGAUUGCCUUGUCAACACAUCCAAGGACGUGGCAUUACUCCGUUGCAAUGGGAUCAUAGAUAAUUUGUCGGGAAGUAAUGAGGAUGUGGCCUGCUUAUUCAACCAGCUCUGCUCUGGGAUAUUCGUUGAUUUCGAGAAUAAUUACCUUUCCGGUAUAUACAAAGAUGUGGAUAAAUAUUAUAACACCCCAUGGAACAUGGGUUGGAAUAAGUGUUGGGGGAACUUGAGGAGUGGUUAUUUCAGCAAUCCGUGGGUCGGCCUUUCUUCGGUAGCGGGCGCAAUCGUCAUCCUGCUAACUAUCGCCCAAGGUUUAUACAAUUUCUUGCAUUACUAGCGGCCACGGUCCUAGUUCUUAAUCAUCAUGUUUUAAUGGUUUAGAUUAUUUUGAUUUUUCUCCUUCGUAUUUUGCUAAUGGAAGUAUCUUAUGUAUGUGUGAAAAACAUUACUGUAUAAUAUAAAUAUUCCUGCUUUUCUUG